GUAAACUUGUUAUUCAUUUCCAUCCUAUAUCUUCCGAUUAUUUAGUAACCUUUCAUUGUAUCCACGAACUGACCUUAAAAUUAUUUGCACAUGCAUAUUCAACUUCAUCCACCUUGUUAUCGAAAAUCAUUAAUAUGCUUUUACUUCUUGUAUAUUUUCCAUGAACUCAGGUAAAAGCUAGCAGGCAAUUUGGUUGUUAUAUACUAAGAUCAGGUAAUUUGUUUGUCUGCACACACUCUCACUCUCUCUCUCUCUCUCUAUAUAUAUAUAUUCAAUUAUGGCAAAAGACCAUAGUGGAUCUCCAAAAUUGUACCAGCUGGAAUCGAAGAGAAAGCGGGUGACUUGGAUCGUUGGUGUCAGUGGGCUUUGCAUCUUCUUUUAUGUUCUUGGAGCUUGGCAGAAUGAUAGAGGACCGCGUCAACCUGCUGAAGUGUACACGAGAGUUGGAUGUGAGCCGUCUACAAUGUCAUCAUCAUCGUCCUCAUCAGGAAUAUCAUCAUCAUCAUCGGUAGUCUCAAUGGAUUUCGAGAGCCAUCAUCAAUUAGUGGUGAACAAUACAAAGUCAUCAGAGAACUUUUCACCGUGUGCUUUGUCAUACGGCGAAUACACACCGUGCCAAGAGCCACAAAGGGGCCGAAAAUUUGACCGUAAUAUGUUAAAGUACAGAGAGAGGCAUUGCCCGAACAAGGAAGAGCUUCUCCGUUGUCUUAUACCUGCUCCACCGAAUUACAAGAUCCCUUUCAAAUGGCCACAGAGUAGAGACUAUGCUUGGUUUGCCAAUAUCCCACAUAAAGAACUUAGCAUUGAGAAGGCUGUUCAAAAUUGGGUCCAAGUCGAAGGUGAUCGUUUAAGAUUUCCAGGAGGUGGCACAAUGUUUCCACACGGAGCUGAUGCUUACAUUGACGAUAUAAGUGAGCUCAUUCCCCUUACUAGUGGAACUAUUCGCACAGCAAUCGAUACAGGAUGUGGUGUUGCAAGUUGGGGUGCAUAUCUGCUGAAGAGGGAUAUAAUAGCCAUGUCAUUUGCUCCUAGAGAUACACAUGAAGCACAGGUUUGGUUUGCACUCGAAAGAGGAGUUCCAGCAAUGAUUGGUGUUAUGGGUUCUCAGAGACUUCCAUAUCCAGCCAGGGCGUUUGAUAUGGCUCAUUGUUCGCGCUGCUUAAUCCCAUGGAGCAAGUACGAUGGGUUGUACCUAAUUGAAGUCGACAGAGUUCUACGGCCAGGGGGUUAUUGGAUACUUUCAGGCCCUCCUAUCCGUUGGAAGACAUAUUGGAGAGGUUGGGAGAGAACCAAAGAAGAUUUGAAGAAAGAACAAGACGCCAUCGAAGAAACUGCAAGGCAACUUUGCUGGAAAAAAGUGAUUGAGAAGGGUGACCUAUCUGUAUGGCAAAAGCCUCUCAACCACAUGAAGUGCAUCAAAAACAAAUCACCAUACAUCUGCAAGUCACCCAACAAUGCCGAUGCAGCAUGGUACCAAAACAUGGAAGCUUGUAUCACACCACUGCCGGAAGUAACCAACUCGGAUGAAGUCGCAGGUGGUGCAUUAGAAAAAUGGCCGGAGCGAGCAUUUGCUGUUCCUCCUAGGAUCAGUAGUGGCUCAAUACCAAGCAUUACAAUUGAGAAAUUUAAGGAGGAUAACAAGGUAUGGAGUGAGCGGGUGACAUACUACAAACGGCUAAUAGGUCUGUUACCACAAGGACGAUACAGGAAUGUGAUGGACGCGAAUGCUUAUUUGGGUGGAUUGGCAGCAGCUCUUACGAAAUAUCCAGUUUGGGUAAUGAACGUGGUUCCAGCGAAGAAUGAACCAGGAGACACUUUGGGCGUCAUAUAUGAACGAGGCUUCAUCGGCACAUACAAUGAUUGGUGUGAAGCUUUUUCAACAUAUCCACGAACCUAUGAUCUCAUCCAUGCUGGUGGCUUGAUCAGCCUAUAUCAGGACAGAUGUGAUAUCACAUAUAUACUCCUGGAGAUGGAUAGAAUAUUGAGGCCUGAAGGUACUGUUGUAUUCAGAGAUGUAGUAGAAGUUCUAGUGAAAAUCAAAAGUAUAACAGACGGCAUGAGAUGGCAAAGUCGGAUCGUGGACCAUGAGAGCGGACCAUUUAACCCAGAGAAGAUUCUUAUUGCUGUAAAAACUUACUGGACUGCUGAACCUAAACGAGAAUAACUCUGAAGCAAAUUUCUUCGUUGACCCUAUUAAUUUUUUCUUUCUUGCUAUCCCUUAUUCUUCCAACAUGCUCAUAAUCCUUCAUCUUGUACAAUCUUUUUUCAUCGCUUUUACUAUCAUAUGCAUGACACUCUAUAUUAUAUUAUCUUAUCUGUGAUAUACGUGUACAUAUUCUAGCACGUAACACAUGCAAAGCAAUAAAUUGAAGAUAAAUUGUUUCACUCCA